UUGGUAAAAAGCGACAGUUGGUUUAAAAGUUAAAAGCUGUUUAAAAUGAUCCCAAAGCGCUGGUGAAGAAGGCUGGAGCUGCCAAACUUUACCUGCUCUGAGUCCAGCCUGUACAGGUGUGGCUGUUUCAGUCCCCUCCCCUCCACCUGCCUUGCUAACGACCAGUGCAGUGCUUCAUAACGGUAACUUGCCUGGAAGAGAGGGUGACACCAGGAUGGGAGGGCUAGCAAGCUUGUGACAAAGCUGAGGCCAGGUUCUCACCUAUUUGCUGCAUUUUGAACUGCUACUCAUUUUUUCGUAGUAGCCUGACAGCAGAGCUUUACAAAAAGACAGACAUUGGAUAUGCCCUGUGUUCUUGCUUGAACAGAGCCAAAGGACUUAUAAUGACAAAUUGAAUUUUACUGAAUCAAUGGACAAGAAAAAGUUUCCUGGCACAAUGUCCAGGCAAAUGGAUGCAUCAUCCAAGAGGCGCCCCUGUGGUGGAAGUGGGCUGAACUUCCCUCAACCUCCCCCACCAUCCUCCUCCAUCCAGCAGGGCCGUAUUCGGGCUGUGGAGGUGGCGAGAGGAAGGACAGGGUAUGGCUUUACACUCUCAGGUCAAAGUCCUUGUGUCCUCAGCUGCAUCCUGAAAGGGAGCCCUGCUGACUAUGUAGGGUUGCGCUCAGGAGACUACAUCCUGUCUGUCAAUGACAUCAAUGUCUCCAAAGCAUCGCAUGAAGAUGUGGUCAAACUGAUCGGACGCUGCUCUGGUGUCUUGAAACUAGUUAUUGCCGAAGGAGAACGUCCCAGGCGGCACCACCACCAACGCAGUGUCGGCAGCCGUCACCACAGCAGCAACACAAUGGCAGCAUCAUACCUGGACUCAUGCUCUAGUGAUGACGAGUUGGAUGGUUUCUAUGAUAGCAGUGUUAACAACAACAAUAACAGCAGGUCAGGCUGUGGAGCCCGUGGAGGUUGGUACAAAUCCAAAAUGGAUUCUAAGCAGCUUGGCAUCAACCGAGCAGAGAAGGUGGUGGCAGAGCUGCAAUCUGGAGGAAUUUUUAACAUGAUCUUUGAGAACUCCAGCCACUCCUCUAGCAGCUCAGACAAGGACAGGCCCGGGGUUAGCGCAUCGUCAAAGCCACGUCCACUGUCUGAUCCAGAGUUUCCUCCAUAUCGGAACCCGUCUCGUUCCCAGAGCAACCCCAACCUUCUCUCUGAGGAGGAGAUGGCCCAAGUUCUAAAUGAUGAUUCAGUUUUCCUGGAGUCAGACUUUCGCCAUCUCCACCUUCACCACCAUGAAGAGCAAGACGUGGACGUUGGAGAUGGGGGCGACUUGGUCCUAGAGCCCAGUGAGGGUAUCCUCAAUGUGGGCAUGAUUGUUGGCUAUCUGGGCUCCAUUGAGCUCGCCUCCACAGGGACCAACCUAGAGAAUGACAGUCUGCAAGCCAUCAGAGGGAGCAUGAGGCGCCUCAGGGCUGAGCAAAAGAUCCAUUCAUUGGUCCUUAUGAAGGUCAUGCAUGACAGUGUGCGUCUGUGCAGUGACAGAGGUCAGAUCCUGGCCACCUACCCAGCAGAAAAAUUAGCUUUCAGUGCCUGUUGUCCUGACGACCGACGAUUCUUCGGACUGGUCACGAUGCAAGCCACAGACGACCACGAUGAUCGUCAUUUCAGCAAUGGUCAAGAUGAAGAGGGGGGUUUGAGAACUUCCUGUCAUGUUUUCAUUGUGGACCCAGAUCUCUGUCACCACCAGGUCCAUCUGGGGGUGGCCAUGAGGUUUGGCUUUGAGUGCACCCCUGACCCGGACACCGGAGGCUGCCUGGAAUUCCCUCCCAGUUCCCAACCCCUCCUCCAGUUUGUUUCUGUCCUCUACCGGGACAUGGGGGACAACAUUGAGGGGGUUCGGGCCCGCGCUUUCCACGAUCCAGACAACGACGCCCAGCAGAACCACAGCACCAGCAGCAACAGUGAUAGUGGCAUUGGCAACUUUUUACCAGAGGAGAAGAGCAACAGAGUACUUUUAGUUGACCUUGGAGGUCCUCCCAAUCACAACCACAUCUCUGGGCCACGCCACUGGGACAGCCCUCCUUCCUCCCAACAGGCCUGGAGCCCCACCCUCGGAGCUGCAGCCUCUCAUCCACCUCCUCCUCCUCCUCCUCCAAUGCUGAGAAAUGGCCACUACCGUCACGACCCACACCUGGCUGACCUCCCUCACCCUCUCCCCUUAGCUCACCCUGAUGUCCCUGGCAGGCAUUCACGAGGGGUCCACCCACACCACUACUCAUCAGGGAAGCGGGGAGGAGCUGUUGGGGGAGGAGAAAGGAGAGGGGCCGGAGGAGCAGUAGGGGUGGAACAGCAGCGGUGGCUGCCAGUCCAUGUGCUUAGAGACUGGCGUCAGCAGCACCACCACAGCCACCUCCAGGGCCUAAGCAGCGAUCAGGAGUCCUACGCCGAAUCCACUGACGGAUGGUCAUCAGCCAACUGCAGCACCCUGCCCCCACCCAUGAAUAAGAUCCCGGCCGACCGCUACCGGGCCCCGCUGGCCCCCGGAGACCACCUGCCGCCACCUGGAGGGAGCCAGCCUCCUCCUCCCUCGCAUCCCCACACCCACAGACUGACUGUUCAGAAAGAUGAGUGGGCUAAGAAGUUAUUCGGUACAGGAGACAGGGAGCGGACAGGAGCAGAGAGAGGCGAAAGAGAAAAGAAACGAGGAGGCAACGCCAAGGAGGGAGAGAAAAAGGGUGGUCGGUUCCGUGGUCUGACCAUGGGAUUCCCUCCUCUCCCACAGCGCUCCUCAGCCAGACGUUCCUUUGGACGUUCCAAACGUCACAGCCUGGCCCGCUCUCUGGACGACCUGGAGUCUGCUGCAGUCUCUGAUGGAGAACUGAACAGCGUGGAGCUGCAGGGCUGCAGCAGCGACAACAGUCUGAACAGUAAUGCCAGCCUGCCCAGCGUCCAGAGCCACCGGCGCCACACUGAGAGGAGAGUGGCCAGCUGGGCCGUCUGCUUUGAGAGGCUGCUGCAGGACCCUGUGGGAGUCCGAUACUUCUCGGAAUUCCUAAAGAAAGAGUUCAGUGAGGAGAAUAUCCUGUUCUGGCAGGCUUGCGAAUACUUCAGCCAUGUCCCAGAGAACGACAACAAACAACUCUCACAACGAGCCAGGGAGAUCUACAACAGCUUCCUGUCCAGUAAAGCCACAACACCAGUGAACAUAGAUAGUCAAGCUCAGCUGGCAGACGACAUCCUCAACGCCCCAAAACCUGACAUGUUCAAGGAACAGCAACUGCAGAUCUUCAACCUGAUGAAGUUCGACAGUUACACACGGUUCCUCAAGUCUCUGCUGUACCAGGAGUGCAUGCUUGCGGAGGUGGAGGGGAGGCCAUUGCCUGACCCUUACCACAUCCCCAGCAGCCCCACCUCCAAACACAGCACCACCGGCUCUGACCGCUCCAACCUCUCCACACCUAAGAAGGAUGACAAAAAGAGCAAGUCAGGUCGAUCUUUAAAUGACGACAGUCGGGAUGAUUCAGGAGACAGGAGGAAAGGCAUGUUCUUCUCAUGGUCCCGCAACAGGAGCUUUGGCAAAGGACCCAAGAAACGAGAGCUGACCGACUUCAACUACAAUUUCUCUGGCAGCAAUGGUCGCCGUGAGUCACAGGGUUCACUGUCCUCAGGAGCCAGUCUGGAGCUGGGGAUGUCGGGGUCGGGGAGAAAUGAGGGUGAUGUUUCUCGAGGUGCGGUGUCAGUGUCAGGAGAGCGAGGAGGGGGCAGCGCCCCCUUGAGGCAGUGUAACAUAAGCUUGCCGGACGGCUCAUGUUGCUCUGUGCCACUGAGGGCCGGAGUGUCCAUCAGGGACCUGCUGCUGGGGCUCUGUGAGAAGCUCUGCAUCAACCUGGCAGCUAUAGACCUCUUCCUGGUCGGAGGGGAGAAGCCACUUGUUUUGGACCAAGACUGUAUGACACUGUGCUCUCGAGACCUCAGACUAGAAAAACGCACUCUCUUCAGACUCGACUUGGUUCCCAUAAACCGUUCAGUAGGUCUAAAAGCUAAACCCACCAAGCCAGUGACUGAAGUCCUCCGGCCUGUGGUGGCCAAAUAUGGCCUGCACCUCUCUGACCUGGUGGCACGAAUUAGUGGGGAGUCGGAGCCGUUAGAUCUAGGUCUUCCUAUUUCCAACCUGGACGGACUGCGAGUGGUGUUAGAUAUAGCAGAACACGCUCCUGGAAAAGGGGACAAACAGAAAGUAGCUCCUUCUAAGAGUCACCUUCCAGCCUCUACAAGCAGAAACCAAUCAACAACAGGGGAGGACAGGCCGUCAGGGAAAGCCGGUUCAGCCCACCCCCAUGGGGAAAAUGGCAAGGCUGGGCCCAGCCCUGACACAAGCAGCCAGCCCUUAUCCAACCACUCUGUCUCUCUCCAUAAGGCUCCGGAGAAAAGAAAGCAGAAAAAGAUUAAUAUAGACGAAGCUGAAGAGUUCUUCGACCUCAUAUCCAAAGCUCAGAGCAACCGAGCAGACGACCAGCGAGGCCUGCUAAACAAAAGUGACCUGCAGCUCCCAGACUUUCUGCGCCUGUCACCAGUGGCAACGAACCAGACUGCGCCUCCUCCCUACGACACUGAGCCCAGUUGCUCCACCCCUAAUUCCCGUAACCCCAACAACGGCAGCUUCCCUAGCAGCGGUCGCCGGGGCAAUAGGGCGAACAGCAAUGGCAGAGGAGGAGGAGGUGGCACCCACUUGCUCAGUGUGAGCCAUCAGUCCCAGAGCUUGGACUCUGCGCUGGGCACUGAGAGUGGAGGGGGGAGGAAAGCCAGACCACCUCCUCCAUUUCCUGGCACCAUUUCCCCCAUCCACCCAACCCAGGGCACCCAGCGUGGUCUCCUCCAGGACUCUUGCAGGGGAGAAUCGGUCCAGAUGCUGGAGGAGGACACCCUUUCGGAUCUAACUCUAGUGGGAGAAGGGGACAUUAACAGCCCCAGCCUCAACUACGUCACCCCCUCAGCCCUACCAAGCAAGCCCCACCCCCGACCCCAACAACAAGCACAGGAUGGUCGGCCUAGCUCAGGUACUUCCCCCGUGUGAACUCUUCAAACUUUUGAACUUUCACCUCUUCCUUCACCUGGCUGUGAGUGGGACCCACCGAAGUCAGAUUGAAGUGACUUGUUGGCCACUUUUGGUCUGUUGAAUGGCCCAAAAUGCAUCUAGAUCUCCUCCCUUCCUUCCAUUCAACUGAGUAAUAGAACAUCUUCAGUUUAAUAGAUCACUUUCUACAGUUACAUGCAAAACAGAGAACAUUUAAUCCCAGAUUUGUGUAAAAAUACACAAAACUAAAAAAAAAUAGAGCUAAGAUCUUAAUACCAUACAAUAUCAAUUAGAGGUAAUUUAGAAAAAUGGUGAAUAUAGUGAGUUGAUAUGGUGAUGUAUGCACUACUAUGCGGCCAGCAAUCUACUGUAAGUCAACAACAGACUUUUAAAAAAAAAAAAAGGUCAGAUACACAAAGAGAGGAAAAAUGGAUGCAUUAGACUUGGACAGAACUUUGUCCCUGGAAUUUCCCUGUGUGAUGUUUAUCUGUGUGAACUGUCAAGCGGACUUGCUGUGGAUUUUUUUUCUGGAGACGUAAGCUCAAGGGCGAGCUUAGGAAGAAUUGGUGAUGACCAGUGCCAAACUCCCUCCUUCAGCCCCUUCUCCCUCCUCCCCAAUGUACAGAAUCUAACAAUGCACUUUAGCAAAUUCCAAACACGACGUUACACAUUUUUUUAAUCAUUUCGCCCUGCUUUUUCUUUUUUUACUUUAACCUUCCAAAAUGUCUGUUUUUAAUGCUAGGUGGUGGUUGAGCUGCUAUAGGCUCAGAAAACAGUCGAUAUCUGCUAACAAUCAGUAGUUGUGGAAUGGUAUAGAAGCUACAGUACUGCACUUGUAAGUGGACCGUGUGGUAUUUUCAACUUAUUACAUGCUUUUAAGCACACUGCAUGCUGACACGGCAGGCCUGACCUGAACAUAUGCUACAGUACCAUGAACACACACACUUGCUCAGCUGUUCUUUAUCGUCCCAAGCACAGUACACUCUGUGUUUCCGCCACAGUUCUCUUACCUCAGGCGUUUCUCGUGUCACUCAUAAAAACAGACUAUAGUGUGUGCUUAUGCAUGGAAUCUCGCUUUCUGACCAAAUGAUCCAGAAACGUCUGCACUGGCUGUAAAUGGGCAGUUUUCGCUUUUUCAUCAACAUUUCAAUUUCACUCCCUGCAGGGUUUUAGCUGGAAAAAAUGGACAAUUUCAAACCUUUUCAAUUUUUAAAGGUUUUACUUUUACUUCAUCCUGUACUAUAUUAUCAAGAAGACAUUAAUUUAUCUCCAAUUCUCUUCAUUUUUACCAUCUAUCAAUUAAAAGUAUUAAUUUGUAUAUAGUCUACUUUGUGAAACCACCAUAUUGCUGUAGUCGUUGAAUUGCAAUACAGCUACGCUGUUUCUUCAGUUGUGUCACAGUAGGAUUCAAUUGUCUUCUGUUCUGUUCAGUUGACUGUACUGUCUGUAAAUAGAUCAAAUAAAUGUUUUAGAGGUUGAACUCUCUCUGUA